UUGAACAAUAUUCCUUAAUAAUGUUAAACUUUCUGACAUAAACAAGUAUCUUGCACUAUGUUUAAAUGACUUAGAAAUGCUGUUUCUGUCCAUUUAACAUCAUUAGCUGGUGAACAGACUAACACCCGUGAUAGCAAUUGACUGCAGUUUCCAGGCAACAUGAUUCCACGUCAAUUAUUUCGCACCAUACAUACAAAUUAUUUACUUUGCUAUGGAUCAAAAAAGACAUUAUUGAGCAAGUUACGCAAGAAAACUGGCUACACAUUCGUGAACUGUAAAAAGGCAUUAGAAAUACAUGAAAAUGACAUGGAAAAAGCUGAACAAUGGCUGAAUGAACAAGCUCAAGCCCAGGGUUGGGUUCAAGCAACAAAAUUACAAUCCAGAAUAACUUCCCAAGGAUUAAUAGCAAUGAUUACUAAUGACAAAUAUGGAGCACUUGUGGAAAUAAACUGUGAGACAGAUUUUGUUGCAAGAAACAACAAGUUUCAUGAUCUAGCAGAAACUGUACUUAACACUGUGUUAAAACAAGGAAUGUCGCUUGAACAGAGUUCACUGGUCAAUAAAACCAUGUUGGAUCCAGAGUCUAUAAAUGAGUUGGUUGCAAAUGAUGGUAAAAGCUUAGGUGACCAUUCUGCUUUAACUAUUGGAACUGUGGGAGAAAAUAUUAAUAUAAGACGCGCAAUGUGCAUGAGUGUUCAACCAGGUGUAUAUUUAUAUGGUUGCACUCAUCCUGCUCCUUUAAAUCCAUUACCGUCGUCUUAUGGACGGUAUGGGGCACUGGUGGCUUUAAAGUCUAACAAGAAAAACGAAGUUUUAGGAAUGCAACUUUGCCAACAUGUUAUUGGUAUGAACCCAAUCAGGGUUGGAGAUACAAAAGUUGAUACACCCAAUGAAAACAUAGAUGAUGAACAUAUUAUGUUAUAUCAAGAAUUCUUACUUGAUCCUUCUUUAUCUGUCCAACAGUUGUUGCAAAGUGAACAAGCUGAAAUUUUGGAUUUCGUACGUUUCGAAAUGGGUGAAACAUUUAACAACAAACAAGCAUUAGAUUCCGUGGAAACUUGUGGUUGAAAUACAAAACAAUCUCUUUACUCAAAAAUUUUGUACAUAUGUUAAACAAAUGUAUUGUUGCUUUUUCACGGUAAAAGAUAUACACGCAUUA